UCAAAUAAUUCAAAAUAAUUUACUAAACAUAUCUUAAAAACAUUUGCAGAAUGAGUUCAAAGAGUGUUGCAUCCAUUACAAUUGAUCUCAUCAUCGUGGUCUUCGCCCUUUGCAUCUUCUUCUUCACCACUCCUAGCUUCGCCCAAGCGCCAACCGUGUCACCACCAUCACCACCGCCGAAAUGUCCUCCUUUGCAAGCUUGCGUUGCUUUGUUGCCAUUUUUGGGAAAUAUUGGGGUUGGCAUUCAACAAGCCAAACCUUGUUGCUCCAUCAUUAGUGGUCUUGUAGAGGCUGAUGCUGUUGCAUGCGUUUGUGCAGUAGUCAAGGCUAAUGUUGUUGGAAUAGACAUUAAUAUUCCCGUAAAGGAAGUACUCAAGGUUUGUGAACAAAAUGUACCCAGUUUCUCCCAAUGCAGUUAACUUAUAUAAUAUAGUCAAAUGAUAUGACGAUUUCUAAUAAUUAUAAUAAUUACCAAUAAAGUAUGGAUCAUGUAAUUGAAGACUCUUAUAAGUCAUAUAAUUACAUUCUUGUUGUAUGUUAAUGU